CAUCAAUAUUCAAAAUAAUUCAUUAUCUAAUCAUCAAAAUGCUAACUUUCAAGAUGUGAAUUGUAAUAUUGACCUUCAAGACUAUUUGUUAUCAGAUCAAGAAUUCUUUAAAUCUUUUGAACAUUUUGUUUUCGAAUCACAAUAUUAA